UGGGGCGCCCGCCCGCCCGAGCGCCCCCUCCCCAAAGUCCCACCUCCCGGUCGCGCGCCGGCGGCGGCGGUGAAAGUCUCUCCGAAAGCGUGAAGGGGGAUUGGAGGAGAUUUUAUUUCCCUUUGUGCCCGUGACUCGGGCCGGAUCGAGGCGGCGGGGCCGGGGACCCCGGGCUUGGGACUCCCCCCGGAGCGGCGAGGAGCGCAACAAAGGAUGCGCCCCACCGGGGUCAUCGUCCCCGCGGCCCAACUUUGCGCGCGGCGCCCGCGCCCCCGGGGAGCCCGCCCGCUGCGUUGAGAACCCAGGCGUCCGGGCUGAGCCAAGGCUGGGGGUGUCCGCUGGCGGCGCUGUCCCCGCCCUCGGCUCCCAGGAGGGGGAUUCCAGAGCUUCCAGGAGGCGGCGGGUGGCCGCGCCGCGCACGAGACAGCUCUGCCCGCGGAAACUCCGCGCGCUUCCGCGGAUGCCCCUGGCUCCGGCCGGACUACCCCGCGCUCGGCGUUCAGGGCCCCGCGCGACGCCCGCUUCCCACGCCGUCCUUCCAGAGCUGGGCUAAGGUGCAAUUUUGCUCCUCCUUUCCCCUCCCUCCUCUUGUCUCCUCCUUUUUCUCCCCUUUUCACCCUCCUCUGAGCCCAGCCAAAGGGCACACCUGAUCUUUCUCCUCCUCCUUCCCCUCCUACCUUCUCCCUGGGGACCCUGCCGAGGAAGAGGGCCCAGAAGAGGACAUGCGGGUCCCCCGCUGACAGUGGCCAGGUUUGGGGUGACACGCGCUCAGAUGGCCAAGUGGCUCCGAGACUACCUGAGCUUUGGCGGUCGGCGGCCCCCUCCGCAGCCGCCCACCCCCGACUACACCGAGAGCGACAUCCUGCGGGCCUACCGCGAGCAGAAGGAUCUGGACUUUGAAGACCCCUACGAGGACGCCGAUAGCCGCCUAGAGCCCGAUUCCUCCGCGGGGCCCGGGGACUCCAAGGGCCCUGGAGACGCGAAGUACGACUCUCCAAAGCACAGGCUCAUCAAGGUGGAGGCAGUCGACAUUGCCAGAGCCAAGGUCUUGCUGGGAAACCCCAGGGAAGAGUCGAAAGUCGACACUGAGUACUCGGACCCCUUUGAUGCCCAGCCCCAUCCACCACCCCUGGAUGAUGGCUACAUGGAGCCCUACGAUGCCCAGCGGGUCAUGAGUGAACUGCCAUGCAGGAGGGUGCAGCUGUAUGACACCCCUUAUGAGGAGCAGGACCAAGAACUGGGAGAUGGGCCCCCUUCAGGGCAGAAACCUCGACAGAGUCGGCUGCCCCAGGAAGAUGAGCGGCCAGCAGACGAGUAUGACCAGCCCUGGGAGUGGAAGAAAGACCAUAUCUCCAAGGCGUUUGCAGUUCAGUUUGACAGUCCAGACUGGGAAAGAACCUCGGGCUCAGCCAAGGAGCUCCGGAGACCGCCGCCCAGAAGCCCCCAGCCUGCAGAGCGCGUGGACCCGGCCCUGCCCCUGGAAAAACAGCCGUGGUUCCACGGCCUGCUGAGCCGGGCGGAUGCCGAGAACCUCCUGUCGCUCUGCAAGGAAGGCAGCUACCUUGUGCGGCUCAGUGAGACCAGCCCCCAAGACUGCUCCUUGUCCCUCAGGAGCAGCCAGGGCUUCCUGCACCUGAAGUUCGCGCGCACCCGAGAGAACCAGUUCGUGCUGGGUCAGCACAGCGGCCCUUUCCCCAGUGUGCCAGAGCUGGUGCUCCAUUAUAGCUCCCGCCCACUGCCCGUGCAGGGUGCCGAGCAUCUGGCCCUCCUGUACCCGGUGGUCUCACAGACCCCCUGACCUGGAGCCUCAGCCCUGUACCCGGGCUGUGAGACCCCAGAUCACUGGCUGCAAAUAUUGGAGGUCUUUCCAGUCCCGGGGGAGGCUGGAUGGAGAGACCUCUGCUCCUCCAGGCCCUGCUCGGCCCCCUUCUGGGUUCUAGGGCCCAGAACUGUGUCUGGAACCCCUCCUCUGGCCUGGAAAAUAAAUAAGUUAUUGUGUA